AGAAUAUUCAGUCGUAUCGAGAACUUGAGAGGGAAACCCAGGGAAAUUCUUGCGCGUCUCCGCAACCCUCCGAUUAAAUCCCACGUCGGUGGAGUCACGCGACUGCGUCGCGGUGCAUCGUUUCAACGUGUUGACAGGCUUCUUUAACGACACAAAGAUGCUUGUUAAUUAUUCCAAUAAUUUAUUGAAAAACGUUCACGAAAGUUUAGCCGCGCCAGAGAGCGGCAAAACAUUCUUGAUACAAGGAGAUUAUGACUACUGGCACUAUGGUUGUGAUGGUUUUAACGAUAGGGGUUGGGGAUGCGGCUAUAGGACGCUGCAAACUAUCUGCUCGUGGAUCAUAAAUAAUGAGAACUUAGCAAAAAAUGUUCCAAAUCUUACUAAAAUACAAGAGACUCUCGUAGAAGUGGAAGAUAAAGAUAAAUCGUUUAUCGGAUCAAGAGAAUGGAUAGGGAGUCUUGAAGUGUCCAUUGUUUUAAAUCAACUUUAUGAAGUUCUCAGCAAAAUAAUUCACAUUUCGAGCGGGAAGAUGUUGAUCGACCAAGUGGAUAAUAUUAAAAGACACUUUGAGGAAUUUGGCAGCCCAAUUAUGAUGGGUGGAGACAGAGACUGUUCUAGCAAAUGUAUAGUAGGACUGCAUAUCGGAAACGGAAACAAAAGUGUAUAUCUAUUGAUCGUGGAUCCGCAUUUCGUUGGAAAAGCGAAAAGUGCUGAGCAUUUGGCGAAAGAUCGAAUAUGGUUACCUCUACGAAAGCCAGACAAUAAAGGAAGAAUUGUUUUACUGGUACGCGCAACUCGGCAUGACCCAACAAUACAUAAAAUAUCAGAUCUAGCUAAGAUUGGUAUAUUGGGGACAGAAGCGGCGAUAAAGUAUUAUCCCGCAGGAUCCAUAUAUGGUUGCAUAUUUUACGUAGAUGGAUCCUUUCCAACUCCACGCCACAUUUUUCAAUUCUCUCCCAAUGUGUUAAAAAAUUUGGCCCACUUAUGGCAGAGUUGCUAUCCUAUAAGAUGUCAAAAGAUUGUUGCUUUUAACGUACCGACAAUUCUUAAUAUUAUUGUAAGACUUUUUAAAUCUUUUAUAACGGAAAAGCUGAAAAGCAGAUUUUACGUUUAUUUGUACCUGAACUGUUUCGAAGAUAUUCCAGCUGAUGCCUUGCCAGUCGAAUAUGGCGGUACCGGUGAAACACUGCAGGAGUUAACAGAAUAUUGGAAAAAAUUUAUCAAAGACAGUCGCGACUGGAUUACGGAGAAUGAGAAUGAUCAAACUGUUCAGAUAGCUGAACCUAAGCAGGUACCAGAGGAGAAAUCUCAGCAGACAUAUCUAUAAUUAUUAAUCGCUGAAAGUAAUCAUUUACUAACUAUCAUUAAAACUAAGAAUCAUUCAUUAGAUUUUAAAAUGUACAUGAAAUGCUGGUCUACGUGGAUAAGGAAUUCACAUGGUUUACCUAAGGUGACACUAAGAACUUAGAUUAUUUUUUCAAUUAUAUAUAUUUUAUGUAUUUUUGAAAUAU